GUUUUACAUAAUUCGUGUCUUAGUCCCAGACGUUCUUAGUGUUAGUUGAUAACACUUUUAUGCCUCCAUGGGUAACCAAUCUAGAUAGAAAUCUCAAUGUACUCUCCGACCCGGAUCAGUUCCAGCUAAACUUGUCAUUGUUUUCACAGGGCCAGCCAUUCAACAUGUUCAAUGGCAGAAACUAAUCGGAAAACCUCGGGGAGACAGCGGAGAGGUCUCAGGAACAAAUCGUCACAGACAAUGAAGCGAAAGAAAACCCAGAAAGAUCAGAAGCGAGAUGACGUCUUUCCCUUUGGGGACCUCCCAGAGGAAUGCAGGCUGAAAAUCCUCAGCUAUUUAACGGACAAGGAAAAAUGCACGGCUGCUCUGGUGUGCACAUCCUGGACAAACCUGAUACGAACUCCAUGCCUGUGGACCAAGGCCAACUUUGUUGACUUGCUCUACCGCCAGAAGAACAAACCCUUCCCUAUUCCAUCACCUACCUUGGAGUGUCAGGUUCUGAAGGAGAGGGUCAAGAACUUUGUGUUCCACCUUGUCUCUCGACGAGCCCUUCUUCGCGAGCUCAAGUUUGAAUUUGACCUGCACGAGGGGGAUGAGAUAUGGCUCAAGCUGGUGGUGUACUUACUGCAGAUGACACACGCCCAGGAACUCCACACCAUCCAGUUCAACUGGACGUACACCCCUCAUGUUCCUUGGUUCCUCAGUGGUGCUGCGGUGGAUGCCAAGGAGUCUCGGGUGACAUCCUUCCACAAGCUUCUCAUGGUCCUCAAGGACACCAGUCGUGGAGUUCAGGGCUUCACCAUGCCCUUUGACUGGUCACCCUACUCCGUCACCCUCCUGUGCCAGUUCAAGUGCAUUACAACCCUAGAGCUAUCCAAGUACUGGGUCUUUCAUGGCCUGCCCCAAAGGCUGUUGAACAAGCUUCUCCAAGAGCUGCCCAAGCUAAGGCGAUUCAAGCUGGAAGUCGCUGUACCCUUCAGGGACAGCGAGUCGUACCCUCAGUACACCAUGUCAUCAGGCACCCUCGAGGAGCUUGACAUUGCAGCCUGCUCGGGCUUCUUCCUCUGGAGUGUCACGCUGCCCAACCUCCGACAUUUUUGGGAAUCCAGGACGGCCUGGAGUGGGCCCAUCCUACCAAGAAAGGCACUGAAAAUCCACUGUCUUUAUGACGUUAUGAGGCAUGGAGCUCCUAAACUGAAAUUUUUCAACACCUGUCCACUUUGGGAAGGUUGGAGGGGGUCUUGCCCCAGCAAAUUGGAAGAUGUCCUUCGUGUAACUUGCUAUUGUGAGCGUCAUAAAAGCAGCCCUCUCAUAUUCUAGUGUGAAAAAAACAAUUGUCCGAAUCAUUUUAAAACCAGUCAAGACAAAGACAAAAGAAGGACUUUGUCCUCCCAAUAUACACCAUUUGCAUUUGCUGUAAUUAUUCAAAAUUGUCUUAUGUAGGGGUGUUUUAUUCACUCUGGGUAUCAUUCGGCAAAGUGGUGUCACCUUUAAAACCCUCCUGACCCAACCGUUCUUUCAUUCAAAACCAAUCAAGUGACAUGUCAUUUGUCUGUGUACUGUUGCAGGGCACAUGGAUUAGCUAUUUGACUGUGAUGGUUCAAGCAGUUGGAGGUCAACUACUUAAUUUGUAACUUUUUGGAGGCAUUUUUAAUUGCCUUACACAGACUGCUGAAUGAAAAACAACAGAAAUUGCAUCAGGGUACCUUAUUCAAACCAUCUGUGAAAAGCUGUCGGAGCAGAUACCUGCUUUAGCUAACCUGAACAGCCCAAAAUACUACAAAGUACUACUUAGUUUUAAAAUGUAGAAUUCAGUGCUGUCGCUUGUAAGAGGACAUGACUUUAUUGUCCUGUGAAGCCAUAAAAUACAAUAGAAAAGACAAUGUACCAUACAGUGCUCUGGCACUAUGAAUGCACAACUUUAUUACUCUCUCUACAAGUAACAAUAGAGGGUGCCCUAGGCAGAAGUAGUAAUUUGUAGCGCUACAUGUAGGUCCUUCAGGCUCAGACUUCUGCUUAGUAUUUUGUAGUACUGAGUACUGCAAGCCAAAUUUUAUGCAGAAAUGUUAGUGUACAGAGUUAUGAUGGGUCAAUAUGUAUUUACCAAAGGGCAUUUCAAUCCAAAGGAUGGUUAUAUGAUAUUAUUACUUAAUAUUCAGGUAUGUACGUUACAAGCAUUUUAGAUGAUCGUGAAUUGGCAAUAACAUUGCUACCCACAACUAGCACUUUUUUGUCUCGGUCCAAACUCAGUGACUCAGACUCACUUGUUCCACUAUUUAACCUAUUUUAUAUUUGUACAAACACUUCUUGUCUGACUGUAGAACAAGGAUACAUGUUGGACAUGUUAUCAUGCAUGGUGUACUUGAAUCUCUCUUAAAAUCACUAUGUUCUGCUUAUAUGUGCUGGACGUGCAUAUCAAGUACUGUGAUAAAUAACUGUAUUGCAGUCAGUGAUGUUGUCUCUUUUUUAUUGAAAUUUGUGCUGUGGUUAAGAGUACCUCUCUUAAAUGUGGAUUUGUAUAAAUUGAUGUAAAUAAAUGGCAAAAUAUACUUGG